AUGGAAGAGAUGGCGUUGAAUCGUUGCCUUAGCAACGUCGGCGCUCAACUGUUCGCUCGAAAAUUGUUGAUCAUGUACGGUUUGUUUAUUGCAAAAGCACGGCCUACUCCGCGACCAAAAGGUUACGGGGGAUCGGAGGCCAUCUUUGCAAUCUCUAUUAGAGGUCUUCAGCUUGCGCUUUCAUUGUCUGGUGAAAAACCAGUAUUUAUUACACACACAUUUCAUCAAAUGGCUUUAAAACGAAUUAAUAAGGAAUUACAAGACCUCGGCAGAGAUCCUCCGGCACAAUGUUCAGCAGGUCCUGUUGGAGAUGACUUAUUUCAUUGGCAAGCCACAAUUAUGGGACCACCAGACAGUCCAUACCAGGGCGGAGUAUUUUUCUUAACAAUCCAUUUCCCAACAGACUACCCUUUUAAACCCCCAAAAGUGGCAUUCACAACAAGAAUCUAUCAUCCUAACAUAAAUAGUAAUGGAAGUAUUUGUCUUGACAUACUUCGUUCUCAAUGGUCUCCAGCGCUUACUAUUUCAAAAGUUUUGUUAUCAAUCUGCUCACUGCUGUGCGAUCCAAACCCAGACGAUCCACUAGUCCCAGAAAUCGCUAGGAUAUACAAAACCGACCGGGAAAAAUACAACGAGUUAGCGCGCGAGUGGACUCGCAAGUAUGCUAUGUGAUGGCCCGGCCCCCCCGACCCACAUUUCACACAUUAGAAGAAAACAAAAACAAUUUAUUUAAUAAUUCAUACAACAAAAAAUCUACAAACACACCGGAGGGGAUCGGCCAGCCUGUAAUAAUUUUUCGCACGUAUAUAUAUAAAAAAAUGAAAACUAAAAAAUCUUCUGUACAUUCGCUUUUUGAAAAAGUUUCGGAUCCCGCCGCCACGACCCAAGUGCGCGGUUUUUUCGGCUUUUAGAUCAUUCGUUUUUUUUUACGAGUCGACAGGAAAUCGGGAUGCUGGGUCGCCGCGGAGAUGUUCUCGCGUCCAAAGCUGCGGAGAGAGACGGAAUACGGUGAUAUAGUCAUUUUUUCCUUCCUCUUCGACCAGUAUGGCUGCCUUUGCCUCACUCAAACUGAUAUAUUUACUAUUAGAUAAAUUAAUAUGUAGGCAUUUUGUGGUUCGAUUAGGUGUACUAUAAUAAUUAAUUGUUUUGUUUUUGAAAAUUUUUGACACUUUUGAGCAUACAAACUAAAAAAAAAAAAUUAAAUCCAGGAUUCGCACGCCGACUUUAACUUAAUAUAAUUAAUUAAAAAAUCUGUAGAUAAUGUUUCGCGUUUUUUGAUCGUCCUGUGCGAACCUGCUUAAGAUCUCUCAUCGUCGAACAUCAUAGUGGACGGGUCUGUUUUCUAUAUUUGUUUUUUGGGCUGGUCCGUUUUUGAAACUUCGAGGCUUCGGUGCAGAAAAAAGCAGCUUUGAAGAAUUUCAUCGCUUUAUAUUUUAAUUUGUUUAAUAUAAAAAAAAACUGUUACUUAGGCUCGUUUAAAUAUAUUGAGAAGUGACCGUAACACAUGCAGACUUUAUUUUUUUUUUAACCGAUCCAGAGUUAUAGAAAAUAGGAUGUUUUUUGGGAAGUUACAACGUACAUCUGUCAUUUCUGCUUAGAAGUCAGAAUUUUGUAAAAUUUCGAGAUACCAAACAUGAAAUACGUUUUUUUCUAGUCAUACAUUUAUAUUUAACGACUUAAAUAUAAAUUAGCUAUAGAAGUCGAGAUAUUUUACCUGCUAGUUAAAAUUUAGCAAUAUUUUGAGAUAUUCAUAUAAAUUUUUGUUUUUUUAUAUAUAUCUCAAAAUAUGUUUUUUUGAGAAAUCGCUUCAAAACAUUAGCAUUUUUAAGAUAAUAUAACCCAACAUUUUAUAAACUUUUGGGAUAUGAAGAACAAAUUACUUUGUUUUGAGAUACUCAUUCAUAAUAUAUUUUUUGAGAUAUUUCCCUAAAUAUUAAAUUAUUUGAUGUCAGAAUUUUGUUUUGAGAUACAUUGUUUUGGGGUUUUCUCAAAAUAAACAUUUUUUUUUUGUUAUUCCCUCAAAAUAUUAGAUUGAGAUACUUAUUCAAAAUAUUAGAUGUUUUGAGAUAUUAUAAGUCAACAUUUUAUAAAAUAUUGAGAUACGAAGGGAAAAUUACGUAUUUUUGAGAUACUCAAAUUUUUUGAGGUAUUCUCUAAAAAUAUAUAUAUAUUUUUUGAAUAUCCCCUCAAAACAUUAGAUUCUUUAGGUAUAAGUCAAAAUAUAAAAUGUCGAGAUAUUAAGAGAAAAUUACGUUGUUUUCUUUUGAGAUACUCAUUCAAAAUAUAUUUGUAUUGAGGUAUUCUCUGCAAAUAUACGUUUUUAGAUAUUCCCUCAAAAUAUACAUUUUUCUAUAUAUUCCCUCAAACUAUUAGAUUUUUGAGAUAUAAAUUAUAUAAAAUUUCCAGUUAUAAAGAAAAAAUUACGUUUUUGUUUACAUAUAUAUAAUAUAAUUUUUUUGAGAUGUCAGUUUUAUAAAAUUUCGAGAUAUGAAAAGAAAUAACGUUUCUGAGGUAUACAUUUUUGAGGAAUUUGAUAUUCCUUUAAAAUAUUUAACUUUGUUUUAUAAGAAAAAGUCAAAAUUUGUGUAAAGAAAAAAUAACGUUGUUUUCUAGAAAUAAUUCAAUUUUUGUACCAAUUUCGUGAUAGUACCUAAUCAAAAUUUUAUUAGACAUUUUUAAGUUUUGGCAUCUAGCAAAUAAUUUAGUCAAAUAUAAAUCGAAAUUUUAUAUAAUUUUGAAUAAAAAUCGCGAUUUUUAGAUAUUAGACGUAAUUUAAUGUGAUUUUUUAAAGUUUAUAAGUAAAUUAAAUCCAUGUUAUUGGUUGAACUGCACUAUGUUGAAGUUAGGUCAAGUUCUAAAGAAAAUAUUUAGCGUUGUCAUUUCUUACGGUUAAAUUGUUAAUUAGGACAGCUUUUAUCAAAUUUAUUCAUUGCCUCACAUCCAUUUCCCCCUUUUUUGCUUGUGCAUUAAUUCUCUAACAGCGUCCCACAUAUUAAUGUCUUCAGUACAGUUCACGUUUCUUAUUUUAGAAUAUGAUUCUUGUUUGAAGGUGAAAUGUAACAUACUUGAAAGACUCGAUGACAUUUUUUUGGUUAGGGAUUUUCGUAUGAAAGCGGUACAUUCCAAAAACAAAACAAAAAACAGUGAAGAUCUUAAAAACCUCGUUUGAUUCAUCCCGAGAUUUAGGUGUUGAUAAAUGUAUCUUAUUAUAAUCAUUGACUUAAAAACUAAUAGAAUAGUUGUUACUUUUGAACUUGCAAGUGUAUUGUUCUUUUUUUUUAAUUUAAUUUGCAAUUCUGUAAUUUUUAUACAUGAAAUAUAGAUGUGGAAAAAGACGUCUUGAAUGUUUUGCGGGAUCCCCUCGCGCAGGGUAGUCAGUCUCCUCCAGGAUUUUUUUAAAUAACAAAAAAAAGCGUACUGUACACUCUACUCUCCCCCUCCCCCCUUUAAUUUAAAUUAUUCAUUGUAAAAUAUCAAAACUUAUUUACAUGAUAAGGAAAUUUAGGAUAUUUGUUAUAUAUAUAUUUUUUUCUCAUUGAUUGAAAAACAGGACACAUUAAAUAAUAAAAUACACUAGAGUGUCUUUUUUUAUUUCUUUCUGAACCAGUCUGGAUGCGUUUUGCGGGAAAUUAGUGAAGUGGCUGUAUUUUUGUGUUCAAUUAUGUAUAGUGGUGGCAAACUUCUCUAGGAGCCAUAAAAAAUGAUGAAAUUCGGUCUAGUUGGACCUUAGAGGCAUUUGAUUGGUCUGCGAGGACAAGCUUUGGGGAGAUCCCUUUGGUGCUUAACGAGUUCUAGUCCUAUAGGAGCUAAAAUAUUGUAUUGAUAAUGGUAGAUAAUUCUGAACCCUCUUUUUCUACCAUGAUACCUAGAUGCAUUGAGUCGGUCUGGUUUAGAUUGUGUUCUCCUUUCAACUUAAGUCCACACUGAAGUUAGGCUGAAUAGCUGCUCUUUGGCCUUCCUUCGGUCCUGAUUUGCUUGUAUUGGAAUGAAUAGUAAAUGAUGUUCGCAUGUGCAGGAAAGUAAUUGUCAUUUACAGUUCUACAUAUUGUGCUACCGACUGCUGUGAAAUUAGGCUCCUGAUGAGCACAAUUUUAGAUGUAACUACGUUCUUAAUUUAUCACCCUUUUUUUUACCUUUUAAGUGAACAAAAUUGAAUCUGUCAAACUCUUGAUAGUUUGUAACACAAAAGUGUACAGAUAUAAUUUUUCGAUUGAACUAUUUGACAAUGUUUAUGGGACACACUAUAUCGUUUGCCACCAUCAUACUUCCAUUAAUAAUUGUAUGACACUAGUUGGUACUAUCAGCCCUUUUUACUAAUUUCCUAAUAACGAACUGCCUGCUGGUCUACGAUUUUUUUAGUGUUUUGUGAUAGUGAGCGAGACUCUCGAAAAGUUUUUUUAUAAUAGUGAUAAUUUUUCUCAUUGUUGGUUAUAAUGGGACAAUAAAAUAAUGUCUUUUUAACUGAAACAAAAAAAAAUAUCUUGUGUAUCUUUUCAGCAAAAAGAUUAAACUGAAAAGUCACUUAUGCUGUAAGGCGAAAUUUUUUGUCAAACGAAGCAAUAGGACAGGGCUUACAUUUUCGUUUUAAAUUUUAGUAAAUAAGAUAAUAAAAUUAAGUAAAAUUGU